AACUGCACAUGCAAGAGCUAAAGCUGAUGCUGCGGAUCAGGCUGCUCAGGCUGCUCGCCAGGAAUGUGAUAUUGCAAGAGCAGUUGCCAGAGAACUUUCACCAAAUUUCUACCAACCAGGCCCUGAUUAUAUCAAACAAAAAUUUCAAGAAGGAGUGGAGGUGAAAGAAAAAUCAGAAGAAAAAGUUCAGGAAAAACCACCUACCCCAAAAGAGUCACCUCACUUUUAUCGGAAAGGUACUACACCCCCUCGAACCCCAGAAGCAAGUCCAAGGCAUAGUCCUCCUCUUUCUUCUGAGCCUUCUCCUUCAAAACAGCUGAAAAGGCAAAGCUCCACUUCUGGGGCAAGACUCAGUCAAGAAAAAAAGCUUUUAGCCACUGAGAAUGUAACACCCACAGUUAACAAGCCUUUAUAUUCAAAAGCACCAGUGAAGGAGGAAGUCGCUGUGAAACACCAGCCAAAGCUUUCAGCCCAUCACAAUCCCAUCAGCACGGAGAAUGGGGAGCUGCAUGGUCACUACCAUAGCUAUUAUGUAAAAAUGAAUCCACCAGUGCUUCCACAGGAGCUCAGGGAAGAAGAUGAGUAUGUCAACCCAUCACCGUCAACACUUGCACGGAUACCACCCUCACAGAAGCCAAGUCCUGCUAGAUCUGGGGGUCAGCCAGAUGCCAAAGAAAACAAACCCGACACAAAAAUUAAGAAAACAGAAUUUGCUGCACCAAAGAACCCAGCUAAUAAUGAGUCACAUUCAGCAGUGGAAAAAGCAGUAGAAAACAGCUCG